AUGAGUCAACAGUAGUAGGAAACACAGGAAUCAUUAAAAAUAGUAGUUCCUUAUUUAUAGAAUCGCUUUGUUUAAUACUCAAAUAAACAUCUACUCUUAUAUUUAGCUAUUCGCCUAAAAGUUAAAAUUUCUAAACAGUAUAAGAUAUAUAAUUUGGGAUUGUAAUAGUUUAUUUGGUUUUAUUAUCAAUAAAUGGAUUUUAUAAAUUUACUUAUUCUACCAUAAGUAUCUAUAUAGCGAAUGUAGUCUUUUUAGCAUAUUCUCUUCUAUCUGUAGUAGUACAUUUACUAACAGUCAAAACUACUAUUUUAGGAAGUAAAAGCAGUAAUUUAAUUCUUUUGA